UUCACAGAGAAGCGAAGAACACAGGUCUGCAUUUGAAACAGAACUUUGUUGUUAUUGAAAUAAUAAUAAUAAAACACACAACUAGAGAUGGCAAAAUUAGCUGGACUACUCGUUCUCUGCCUAGCCCUGAUUCACACAGGCUACGCUUUGCAGUGUUACAACUGCAUUUCGAAACCUGACAGCAAGAUGUGCGAUGACUUCUCCGACGAGGCUCAGAUCAAGAAAAUUACUUGCGGAAAGGUAGUCGCCGAUCAAUUCCAGGCAGCUUGCAUCAAGAAAGUUAUCAAAGAUAAAAACACGGAAAUGAUGAACGUGACCAGGGGUUGCGUUCAGAUUAGGAAAGAUGGAGACACCAAAGCCGAAUGCAAAGCUCCAUCCGACAAGUACGAUGUCACCGCGUGCGAUGUCUGCAUGGACGACCUUUGCAACGCCUCAAAUCAAAUAAACUUCAACCUUUACACGUUCAUCGCAUCCGUGACGAUGUUAUUCCUAGUCAAAUACCUCAAUUAAUUUAAAUAGUUUCACACAAGUAGAAAACUAAAUUCAGUAAGUAACAUCAUAGUGUACUUAAAUGUUCUUGUUGCAACUUUAUAUAAGAUAUUUGAAGAAAAAUUUAAUUAAUUAAUACAUAUUCUGUUAAUUCUAUUGAAGUUUACCAUUUUGUUUUUUUUUUUCAUUUUUUUUUGUAUGUAGAGCUUUUCUUAUUGUUGAAUAAAUGUAAUUUAAAAAUA